AUUUAAUAUAAAUGGGAAGUAAUAUAUGUAAAUAAGACAAUCCUGCUUCAUAUAUUCACACUAUUGAAUCGGUUUAAAAACGUGAAGUAAUAAAUCAGCCAAAGAAAAAUAAUACACCUGAACCAAAAAAUUCAUAAGUACUUACUGUUUAAGAUUCUGGCCAAAUCUAAUAAAGUUAUGAGUAAGAUUUAAAAGGCAUCGAAAAAGACAAUAUAAAAGGGAACGAAGAUCCAAAGGAUUUAGUACAUGUUAUUAAGAAGGAUGAUGAUAAAAUAAAUAAAGAGUUGAAAAGUGACGAUAAAGCCUUAAAAAAUUAGAAUAAAAAGUGUUCAUAAUGUGAUUAAUUUAUUUCUCUAACAUUUGUCCAACUAAAUUGUAAUAAAAAUUGUUGCUAUCAUCAUCUUUGUAUAGAAGAACACUUAAAAAGAUUAAUUGACUCUGGAAAACCAGUAAUAAAGUGUAGAUGUGGCACCAAACUCAAUUCAAAUUGUCUAAGGUAAUCAUCAAUUAUAGGGAAAAUGAAUUUGCUUUCAAGACUAUUUGAAAAGCAACUUGAUCUUAUAUUACAAUCUUCAUAAUAAAUAAGAAGAGAUGUUGAAGUUCAAAAUUAUGUCUAGCAAAAUCGCAUAUCUAAAGAAUUGUAAGACUACUUUUUAAUGAAAUAAGAUUCCUUAACUUAUGAAGAAACCCCUUAAUGA